AGACGUCUCUAAGUGAUAAUUGUUUCACUAAACAGAGAUCAAAUUGUCAGAAACGUGAGAAUAUAAAGCCACUGGAACUAUUUUAUUUAUGAAGGGUGGAAUUUAGGCCGACACCGGACUUACCUUGAUUGAUGACCUUUUAUUAGGUUAACAUCCGAAAUGCUCCGAAGUCACAGUAUUUGCACUUUGGCCAACGACAAGCAUGCGAGUAAAACACUAAGUUGAUUUUAAGCAGAGAAAGUGACAACAUGUCCACAAAUCAGGACCUUGCAUCACAGAUCAUCAAGUUCGGAGGUCAAACAAAUGGCAGAGACAAGUUAUUUAGACUCAUUCAGUAUGGCAGUAAAUUGGUAUGGUGGCAUCUUCAUAAGAAUGCAAAAGGUCCCGAGCUGGUGGAAAAACUCAAGAAACUGGAAUCCUCCCUAAGCAUGACCAGGAAAUUGCUGCGCUUUGGUAAAAGUCUCGACUUUGUCAAGGCGGCUUUAAAGAGUUUCCACAUUAAGGAUACGGUGUUAAGGCUGACCAUCACUAUGUCAAAGAUUAACCAAGCCUGCUUCCUGCUUUUUGAUCACAUAAUAUAUGCUCACAAUGUUGGACUUAUCACCACAGACAAGAAGAAGUGGUCACAAAUAUCUGCCAGAUUCUGGGUGGUCAGUUUGAUUUUAAAUCUAGCGAGAAAUGUAUAUGACCUUGUGAACAUUGUACAGGAAGAGAUGAGACAACAACAAUCACAGGAGAAACAUGGUCAGCAGAUCAACGGAGACACUGACCACAGCAAGCGGACCUCUAGAUCACACAACACAAACAUUGUGGGGAAAAUUGUAAUGCAAAAUAAACCUGUAAUGCUGGAUUUGGUUAAAAACUUAGCAGACUUGGUUUUACCGCUGUCCACUCUCGGGAAGGUGGACGCAUCUGCCGGCACUCAGGGAUUCCUCGGAUUGAUAUCCUCUGCUGCAGGAAUAGCAUCAGUAUGGGACAGUUCACUCAAACUUGUGCCGUAAUGAUUUAUUAAGUGUAGCAGAUAUUGUUACAAUACAGAUAUACAAUGUAUGUGUUAUCCCUUGGAAAUGAACCUAGUUGCAGAUUUAAGCAGAUUUGAUUUAUGUAAGAGACUUUUUAUAUGCUCAAAUAAAAUCUGGUCAAGAAGCCAAGCGUGUGAAUUAACUAUUGAUGACAUCACAAUAUAAUGUAUUGCCAUUGUUAAUGAUGUCAUAAAUUUAGAGGUACAACAAUCCUAUGUGUCCACAUUGCUAGUACUUAUGGGGAAGAAAUAUUCUACAAUUUUGUCUUGAAGAGACACACAUAGUGAUAAACAACUUAUCCCCAACUUGUUGAGAUUGAUUGUCUUGCUCACAAAAUAAAACCAGUUGGGUUAGUUUAGUUUGUAUUCUUAAGCUUUUCAGACAGAUUCUAAAAUUUUAAUUUCAAAAUAAUUGUUUUCAUAAUCCUUUUCUGUGACUUGAAAUAAAUAUGUAUUAUACAAGAACCCUAGGAAUAUCAUUUCCAUUAAUUGUCAGAAAACAUCUGCCUGAGAAAGUGAUGUCCAGUCACUGAAUAGUGAAUUAUAUGUUAGAAUGUGUGUGAGUUUAAAGCUGUGAUAUACAUCUUCCAUAAUGUUUUAUAUGUUGAUAAUAAGUGCCUAUAUACAUUUAUAUAUACAAUGUAACACAUUGUGUGCCCAAAUGUGUUGCCCUUUUGUAUAACCAGUUUCUUGAUGGACAGACAGAAAUAUUCUGUUGUUUUUUUUAAUUAGAGAUAGUAUUGCUUUUCAUCAACCCAUUAUAAUUUCAGUUCUCACAUGUUCUUCAUACAAAAUUUAUAUUGAUGUCAAUGUGGGAGUGCACCUGUCUAGCUGACAUGCUGGAAUAGGUUGGAUCAGUCUGUUUGGUUCCUUGGUUGGUUACAGGUAUCCAUCUCCUUGACUCGUCCUACUUCUCGGAGCUGUCUUAUUGAAAAACAUCUGUGUUCUGGUGACAUGGGUCAAUCCGGAUAUCCUUUUAUCUAUCAGCAGUUUCAUAUAAAAUGAAGUAUUCAGGACUUUAACUGUCAAAUAAAAUGUAUGUACAGAGGUAAGAAGAGUAUUAUCAUAUGCCUUAUCAUAGCGUCCAUAUAGGCUUUGGAGGACCUAGUCUAUGUUAUAUCCUCUUAAUUGUACCCACACAUGGUUCUCUAGGGUCUUCUGUGCUCCUUAGAUGUAACAAAACUAGAUUUGGUCAAUCUCUAGUGACCAGAAAGGUCAAUAGUUUGGAGCUUGUAAGGUUUAUAUCGGUCUCUUGUUUCAAUCCCGAACUGGCCAUUACAUUUUCCUGUCACACACCUACAGAUGAUUAAGCUGUCAGGUGUAACCUUAAGUAGUGAUAUUAUUUUGUGAAUCGUCGGAGGGUUUCUGUGAUCUUUUCUCUACCUAAUAUCUAUACAUAUGUCUAUUCUCUACCUAAUAUCUAUACAUAUGUCUAUUCUCUACCUAAUAUCUACACAUAUGUCUAUUCUCUACCUAAUAUCUACACAUAUGUCUAUUCUCUACCUAAUAUCUACACAUAUGUCUAUUCUCUACCUAAUAUCUAUACAUGUCUAUUCUCUACCUAAUAUCUACACAUAUGUCUAUUCUCUACCUAAUAUCUACACAUGUCUAUUCUCUACCUAAUAUCUACACAUAUGUCUAUUCUCUACCUAAUAUCUAUACAUGUCUAUUCUCUACCUAAUAUCUACACAUAUGUAUAGUCUCUACCUAAUAUCUACACAUAUGUCUAGUCUCUACCUAAUAUCUAUACAUAUGUCUAGUGAAUUAAGCAGAAAAUGGUUUUAGUUAGUGUAUAUCAGUGAGUGGCUGAUGGUGAAAUAGUCUCAACUCCUUUAUAGACAGUGUUGUUAUAUAAAGAACACAACUAUCAUUCUGGUACAUGUAUAUAUAUAAAUCUCCAAUUGAUUUUUAUUUAUUAUGAGGUGAUCUCAUUGUUAUUAACUUAUUAAGUUCAACAUUUUAUAGAUGGUUUUUAUUACAUUUAAAUAUGAUUCCAUUAAACUUUUAAAGAAUAAUUUAACAAAUUAUAUGUCCUAGAUGUGUACUAUGAUAUUACUUGUCAUAUGUUGUUAUUUGAUUGUAACAUCCAUGAAGCUAGUUAAUGGAGUGUCAUCAUGUAGAAUUUCCAACAGUCAGUGUACCAUGUGUAAUUAUACUCCUAUAUACACAGUAUAUCUUAGACAAGUUCAGGUUGAUGAAAUGCACCAACUUUUAAGUAUUUUUAUGUUGGUUUACAAAUCAUGCUGUGUAUCUGUAGAAGACAAGAUACUUCUCUCUAUUUGACCUGUUGUACCGACGGUCAUGAACACACUGUAAUCAUGUUUUUAUCAUAUCUUUAUGUUGCGUGAUGGAGUUAUUACCUGUACUUUGUCAGGUAAAUGAUUAAUUUCCAGUACAUGUAUGUAUCCAGUGUGUUGUUUUGAUUGGUUCAUACAUUCUAUUGGCCUCAUCUUUUUCACUAUAAAAGGAACAUAUCACAAAUUAAACCUCAUAUUAACACAGUAUAAACAGAUAAGUCAAUAAGAAAUUUAAUCAACUAGUUAAUAGCUGUUCAAUCUAGCUCAAUAAUCACUGUGUGGAUAUAUCUGAGAAAGAGCUUGUGAGUGUUUUCGUAGCAGCUCUAAUAAGCCAUUUUAUCAAGUUCACUUGCAUGUAUUUAAUCAGUAUUUCCAAUUUCUAUCUAAGGUCUGUUGCCAGGUUAACUAACCUCUCUUUACGAGGUUACUGUCUGUAGUCUGUUACCUGGUUAUCUAACCUCACAUUACCAGCUUAUCAUCUAUAGUUAGUUUCUUGGUUACCUAACCAUACGUUACCAGCUUAUCAUCUAUAGCCAGUUACCUGGUUACCUAACCAUACAUUAUCAGGGUUAUCAUCUAUAGCCUGCUUCUUGGUUACCUAACCAUACAUUACCAGGUUAUCAUUUAUAGCCAGCUACCUGGUUACCUAACCAUACAUUACUAGGUUAUCAUCUAUAGCCAGUUACCUGGUUACCUAAUCAUACAUUACCAGGUUAUCAUCUAUAGCCUGCUUCUUGGUUACCUAACCAUACAUUACCAGUUUAUCAUCUAUAGCCAGUUACCUGGUUACCUAACCAUACAUUACCAGGGUUAUCAUCUAUAGCCUGCUUCUUGGUUACCUAACCAUACAUUACCAGGUUAUCAUUUAUAGCCAGCUACCUGGUUACCUAACUAUACAUUACCAGGUUAUCAUUUAUAGCCAGCUACCUGGUUACCUAACCAUACAUUACCAGGUUAUCAUUUAUAGCCUGCUUCUUGGUUACCUAACCAUACAUUACCAGGUUAUCAUCUAUAGCCUGCUUCUUGGUUACCUAACCAUACAUUACUUUUCCAGGUUACUGUGGUUACUAUAGCCUGUUACCUAGUUAACUAACUGCAGUUAGUUUUACUUCACCACACUUAUGUAACAAAUUACAGUAUGAUGACUGUCAAAAUGUAAGUAUGAUUACCACCUAAGUAUAUGGUUAGGUAACAAGCACUGAGUUACAGUUCAGUGUUUACCUUUGUCCAAUAGUAACUAGUAAUAGAUAUGUACAACAAUACAUGAAUCAUUGUGGUUAUGUUGGAAACACCUGUAGGUGUAGGCGUGAGGCAGAAUGGUGUCUUUUAUAUGGUAUAUUACUUUUUUAUAGAGGUGUGUGCUUGUGAUUGCCAAACUAACAUAUUAUCAUAUCUAAAAAUGUUCCAUCACUGGCGAUAUAAUAAAUAAUGAAAGCCUGAA